GACGCUGUUUCGCUUUGCAGGCAUUGGCACCGAAGUGUCAAAACGAAUUCCUUUUAUUACAACUAACGAUUACCAGAGCCACGACAGUCCAGUCGCCGAAUCUACCAAUGCUGCUGGGUUUGUUAGUCAACCAUUUUAUCGACAAAUGUGACUCAGUUUAACUAUAUACCGAUUGUGAUAAACUGCUACUCGCAGGCCUCUGUAGUUUCAGCCGUCAGGAGCAACAGUGGGCCACGGCCCGAGGUUGUGUUGAUGGGAAGAAGGGACCGAGGGCUGCAUCAUGGAAGUUGUGCUCUCUGCCACCAAGAGUUCGGUUCGUACAGAAUGUGAUGAAUCGCAAUAGAAUUCUGGAUAUCCACCAAGUCGAACCGAAGAGCCAUGAACUAGUUUACAUGUGGUGUGUCAACAACAACACUAACAGACUCGGACUAACAGAAUGAAUGGUGAGUUGUAGCUAAAACAAAACAUUCACUUUUUGUUCUACCAUCACAAGUUGACACCUGGCUUUGGCUUAUUGCACGAAUUUAUGUCUGGUUUACGCACAUAUAGGCCUAUUAAAACACUGAGGUUUAGAAUGGAUGACAACGCAUAAUUAUCAUCAUGUGAGUUCAGGCAGACGUGAAGGAUAGAUGACUCUUCCCGCGUGUAUCUUGAAUCUCCCCAUGCAAAUCGAAUUAUUGCUUGACUGCAUGACACCAUAGAUGUCAUGAAUGAAACCAAUUGUUGAUAUAUCAAAGAGAAACCCCUCUAACUAUAAUAGUAAUACUUAUUUUGUUAUUGCUCCUGAGUCCUGACUAGCCCAAGAUGUACUGUUAAUGAGCCUACCGUUACUCCUUGUUCAUGGACCUUACGUUAUUUUCAGAGGUAGACUGGCUCUGGCAGCCAAAACAACCAGAUAUGUGAAUCGAUUCUGAAUUGCGAUACGGUUCUAGAAACAUAAAGCCCUUUUACUUUCAUAUCACAUCAAAGUAAUUUCACAAAUGCAAAAUAUACACUUACUGAUUUAACAGGCUUUCACAGUUGCAGCCAACAACAGUAUUUUUCAGUGACAACACGUUUCUGGCGGCCUUCUUCCAUUACACACAGGUGUUUGGAGCAUGCUAGAUAGAUAAUUAGCAGUGGUCCCGCUGUCAUACAUAAACACGCAUUGUAACAGGGAGAUGUGGCUGUGUGGGAUCACUAACCCUAUAAAGGUGUAUCAAUUUAACCUUUUGUUUUUAGAAAAUUAUUUAUCGCUGAUAUGAAACAUAAGGUCCAAUGCGUGUUAAUGUUCAGACCAAGCAUCGGGGCUCUUAACAAACCUCCCCCCUACAGAAGACGCCUUCUUCCAAUGACUUAAGUGAGCACCAUAAUUCAUUGGACAGUGACCAUUUUUUAGUUAUUUUGGUCCUGUACUCUAGCACUUUGAGUUUGAAAGGAUACAAUGACAAUGAGGGUGAAGUGCAGACUGUCAGCUUUAAUUUGAGGCUAUUUUCAUACAUAUCGGAUGAACCGUUUAGAAAUGACAGCACCUUUUGUACAUUGUCCCCCCAUUUUAAGGUACUACGAGUAUUUGUUAAAUUGGCUUCACAUAUGUGUCGUUAGGCAGGUGUAUUCAUUUGUGUCGUCAUUAGUGAAUGCACAAGAGCUGUUGAUGAAUAGUAUUGAUUCUAGACUUUGCUAUUGCCUUUGGAUGUUGUUGUUGGGGUGUGACAACAUGAGGAAGACAGCAGUGUCGACGCAAAUGAAGCUGGCCGUCAUAAGGCUCAGAAAUGAAAAUCAAUCAAUCAGGAACAUUGCAAAAACCCUGGCCAUGCCCAAGUCAACAGUUUGGUUCAUCAUUAACAAGAAAAAAACAACCGGUGAACUCAAUUAUGUCAAAAGACCCGGUAGACCGAGGAAGACCACUGUAGUGGAUGACCGGAGAAUACUCUAUGGUGAAGAAAACCCCCCUGACAACAGCCCAACAGAUCAAAAACACUCUCCUGGAUGCAGGUGUAGAUGUGUCAAAGUCUACCAUACGUAGAAGACUACACCAGCAGGACUACAGAGGGUACACUACAAGAUGCAAACCACUGAUAAGCCUGAAGAACAGAAAGGCGAGAUUACAGUUUGCUAAAAAGCACCUAAAAGAGCCCCAAGAGUUCUGGAAAAAAGUAUUGUGGACAGAUGAGACAAAGAUUAACAUGUACCAGAGUGAUGGAAAGAGGAAAGUGUGGAAAAAAAAAUAAAAAUGCCCAUGAUCCAAAGCAUACCACCUCAUCCGUGAAACAUGGUGGAGGGGGUGUUAUGGCUUGGGCCUGUAUGGCUGCCAGUGGAACAGGCUCACUUGUCUUCAUCAAUGAUGUGACCUGCAGACAGAAGUAGAACAAUGAAUUCUGAAGUCUACAGAAAUAUUUUAUCUGCUCAGAUAAAACCAAAUGCCUCAACUCAUUGGACGACACUUCAUCAUGCAACAAGACAAUGACCCUAAACAUACUGCUAGAGCAACGAAGGGGUUUUUGGAUGGCCAAAAAGUGGAAAAUACUUGACUGGCCGAGUCAAUCACCAGAUCUGAAUCCAAUUGAACAUGCAUUUUACAUGCUGAAGAGGAGACUGAAGGCAAUAAGUCCCCGAAACAAGCAGGAACUGAAGAUGGCUGCAGUACAGGCCUGGCAGAGCAUCACCAGGGAAGAUGCCCAGCGUCUGGUGAUGUUGAUGCAUCGCAGACUUCAAGCAGUCAUUCCAUGCAAAGGAUAUGCGACCAAAUAUAUUAACAAUGAUUACUUUAUUCUGCAUUAUGUUAAACUGUCCAAUGUUUUUUGAUGCCCGAAAAUGGGGGGGACCAUGUACAAAAGCUUCUAUAAUUUCUAAACGGUUCAUCCAAUAUGUAUGAAAAUACCCUCAAAUUAAAGCUGACAGUCUGCACUUCGCCCUCAUUGUCAUUGUAUCCUUUCAAACUCAAAGUGCUAGAGUACAGAACCAAAAUAACAAAAAAUGGUCACUGUCCAAUGAAUUAUGGUGCUCACUGUAUGUGUAAUGUAAUGGAACUGAGAGUCAGAAUCAAGGGCUAAGUCCUGACCAUCUUCAUGUAGCCCAUAACAUUCUCCAAGGUAUAGCGAACUAAACUCCACUCCAUUGUGAAGGAAGUUUCUGAUGAACUCCACCAACGGAGUGGAGCAGAGACCAGGCUUUGUGGAAUCUAGCUCCGACUACAUAGAUUCGCCCCAGGUCAAUACUUCAAAUGUUAAAAAUUAUGAAAUGCCUUUGUACAUAUGUUUGUCCUCUGUAGUUGCGUGCCUUCCUUUGUUUGCUGAAAUCCAUACUUUUCCAAUAAACGUUAAUAAAAUACAACCACUGACUGUUUCCUUGUUGAGAUUCCAUUGGCACAUGUGCAUUUGUGCUGACUUGCCAUCUUUUUAGAGCAACAGCAAUGAGCAAACAGUCUGUAGUUGUAUUUGUUUAACGUUUAUUUAAAAAGUAUGGAUUUCAACAAAGGAAGGAAGGCACAACUACAGAGGACAAACACAGGUACAAGGUAGGCAUUUCAUAUUUUCAAUUUUUUUAAAGUAUUGACCUUGGGCGAAUCGAUGUAGUCGGAGCUAGAUUCCACAAAACCUGGUCUCUGCUCUGGUGGAGCUCAUCAGAAACUUACUUCACUGUGGAGUUUAGUCCGCUAUCCAAGGUAGUGCCUUCUUAGCAACCUGCAUGUAUUAGUUGGUAGAUACUUAUUGCAACAACCUUUUCUUGUUAUUACAGUAGCGCCAAUAUGUGUUGUUGUAAUGUCACUUUCAUAUUGGAGACUAAAGAUGUUUGACCAAAUCAUAUUUUUCUUUGAGGACACAUCACUGUAUACAUUUUUGAUAAGCUUGGUGAAAUUGUGGUACAGCUCUGUGAUUUAGCCAGAGAUUACUUCUCCAUUAUGCAGGCCAGUCGCUCUUAGGCCAGAAAUCUAAGAUGAGUUUCCCAAACUGACAGUCAUGUUUGUAUGAUCGUCCUCCUUCUCCUCCUCUUUAGGCCCUCAGCAGAAUGACGUAAAGAGACAACACCUGCUGGAGAGGCUGCUGGACUCUGUCAAACAGGUGAGGGGUAUUCUCGGUUAACCCAGAACUGUCUCUCGUAAUUGGUCAGCUGCUCGAUUAAGUUCUGGGGCCAUACAUGUUAAGAGAAGAGAUUUAAGUAGGAGUGGAACCCGGAACGAGGAGCGCCACCCUCUCUCUUUGCAAGUUACGGGCCGAAUGUCCCCUCCCCUUCCGAUAUUUUAAAGAUGCUAACACCUGCGAAAUUCAUGAUUUGUCCAAAUAACCAGUGAUGGAAAAACCCCAAACAUCGGAACUACUGCUCAUUAUCCCACACAUCCCAUUACUUCCAGGUUAUGUUAGCCUUCCUGUACAUGACAGGCCAGGUAAUGUUAGCCUCCCUGUACAGUCGUGGUCAAAAGCUUUGAGAAUGACACAAAUAUACAUUUUCACAAAGUCUGCUGCCUCAGUUUUUAUGAUGGCAAUUUGCAUAAACUCCAGAAUGUUAUGAAGAGUGAUCAGAUGAAUUGCAAUUAAUUGCAAAGUCCCUCUUUGCAAUGAAAAUUAACUUAAUCCCCCCAAAACAUUUCCACUGCAUUUCAGCCCUUCCACAAAAGGACCAGCUGACAUCAUGUCAGUGAUUCUCUCAUUAACACCGGUGAGAGUGUUGACGAGGACAAGGCUGGAGAUCACUCUGUCAUGCUGAUUGAGUUAGAAUAACAGACUGGAAGCUUUAAAAGGAGGGUGGUGCUUGAAAUCAUUGUUCUUCCUCUGUUAACCAUGGUUACCUGCAAGGAAACACGUGCCGUCAUUGCUUUGCACAAAAAGGCCUUCACAGGCAAGGAUAUUGCUGCUAGUAAGAUUGCACCUAAAUCAACCAUUUAUCGGAUCAUCAAGAACUUCAAGGAGAGAGGUUCAAUUGUUGUGAAGAAGGCUUCAAGGCGCCCAAGAAAGUCCAGCAAGCGCCAGGACUGUCUCCUAAAGUUGAUUCAGCUGUGGGAUCGGGGCACCACCAGUGCAGAGCUUGCUCAGGAAUGGCAGCAGGCAGGUGUGAGUGCAUCUGCACGCACAGUGAGGCAAAUACUUUUGGAGGAUGGCCUGGUGUCAAGAAGGGCAGUGAGGAAGCCACUUCUCUCCAGGAAAAACAUCAGGGACAGACUGAUAUUCUGCAAAAGGUACAGGGAUUGGACUGCUGAGGACUGGGGUAAAGUAAUUUUCUCUGAAUCCCCUUUCCGAUUGUUUGGGGCAUCCGGAAAAAAGCUUGUCUGGAGAAGACAAGGUGAGCGCUACCAUCAGUCCUGUGUCAUGCCAACAGUAAAGCAUUCUGAGACAUUCAUGUGUGGGGUUGCUUCUCAGCCAAGGGAGUGGGCUCACUCACAAUUUUGCCUAAGAACACAGCCAUGAAUAAAGAAUGGUACCAACACAUCCUCAGAGAGCAACUUCUCCCAACCAUCCAAGAACAGUUUGGUGACGAACAAUGUCUUUUCCAGCAUGAUGGAGCACUUUUUGGGUCCAUGGCCAGGAAACUCCCUGACCUUAAUCCCAUUGAGAACGUGUGGUCAAUCCUCAAGAGGCGGGUGGUCAAACAAAAACCCACAAAUUCUGACAAACUCCAAGCAUUGAUUAUGCAAGAAUGGGCUGCCGUCAGUCAGGAUGUGGCCCAGCAGUUAAUUGACAGCAUGCCAGGGCAGAUUGCAGAGGUCUUGAAAAAGAAGGGUCAACACUGCAAAUAUUGACUCUUUGCAUAAACUUAAAGGCGCUUAUUGACAAUUACAUUGACACUUAUGGAAUGCUUGUAAUUAUACUUCAGUAUACCAUAGUAACAUCUGACAAAAAUAUCUAAACACUGAAGCAGCAAACUUUGAAGACCAAUACUUGUGUCAUUCUCAAAACUUUUGACCACGACUGUACGUGACAGGCCAGGUUAUGUUAGCCUCCCUGUACAUGACAGGCCACUGAAGAGGAGUGCGUUACGGCUAUGGUGAAAUGAGUCAUAUAGUCAUAAACUGGCGUAAUGAUGUGCUAUUACAUUGUCAAAAAUAGUGUAAUUCUAUACUUUGUACUGUUUAAGGCAUGAUACUGUGCCCAUUGUUUUGUUUCUCUAGCUGGUUUGAUGUUGUGGUCUCUAGCUGGCAGGCUCCCAUUGAGGAAGUAAAUGUGUUUUGUCAUAGUUAUUUUGAUAGCCAUGUCAUCCUCAUUCUUCAUGUCUCUUCAGUGCCAAAUUCGCUUUGGAGGAAGAAAGGAGAUCGCCUCAGAUUCCGACAGCAGGUACCAAUGUGCUUUAUUAUUCCAAAACUGAUAGGAUUUACUGAUGUUUUGUGUGUGUGUGAUGUAUUGUAAUGCUUGUGUCUCCCCUUUAGGGUGAUCUGUUUGUGUGCCCAGUUUGAGGCUGUCCUCCAGCAUGGCCUGAGGAAGAGUAGAGGACUGGCCCUCACUGCUGCUGCCAUCAAGCAGGCCGCAGGCUUCACCAGAAAGACUGAAGCAGGUACAGUCACAUAACUUGGAAACAGAUUAGUCAGUGAUAUGAUGUCCCAAAAACCUUUUCCAGGAAGUACUGGUAAUCUUUAUCUGCAGUGGUAGCUAAACACCUUCAGGGCCCCUGAUUCCUGCUUAUAAGCAAAAACUAAAGCAGGAAGCACCAGUGACUCGGUUAAUAAAAAAGUGGUUAGAUGACGCAGAUGCUAAGCUACAGGACUGUUUUGCUAGCACAGACUGGAACAUGUUCCGGGAUUCUUCAGAUAGCAUUGAGGAGUACACCACAUCAGUCACUGGCUUCAUCAAUAAGUGCAUCGAUGACGUCGUCCCCACAGUGACCGUACGUACCCCAACCAGAAGCCAUGGAUUACAGGCAACAUCCGCACUGAGCUAAAGGGUAGAGCUGCCGCUUUCAAGGAGCGGGACUCUAACCCGGACGCUUAUAAGAAAUCCCACUAUGCCCUCCGACGAACCAUCAAACAGGCAAAGAGUCAAUACAGGACUAAGAUUGAAUCGUACUACACCGGCUCUGAUGCUUGUCGGAUGUGGCAGGGCUUGAAAACUAUUACAGACUACAAAGGGAAGCACAGCCGCGAGCUUCCCAGUGACACAAGCCUACCAGAUGAGCUAAACCACUUCUAUGCUCGCUUCGAGGCAAGCAACACUGAAGCAUGCAUGAGAGCACCAGCUGUUCCGGAUGACUAUGUGAUCACGCUCUCCGUAGCCGAUGUGAGUAAGACUUUUAAGCAGGUCAACAUUCACAAGGCCGCAGGGUCAGACGGAUUACCAGGACGUGUACUCCGAUCAUGUGCUGACCAACUGGCAAGUGUCUUCAACAACAUUUUCAACAUAUCCCUGACAGAGUCUGUAAUACCAACAUGUUUCAAGCAGACCACCAUAGUCCCCGUGCCCAAGGACACUAAGAUAACCUGCCUAAAUGACUACCGACCUGUAGCCAUGAAGUGCUUUGAAAGGCUGGUUAUGGCUCACAUCAACACCGUUAUCCCAGAAACCCUAGACCCACUCCAAUUUGCAUACCGCCCCAACAGAUCCACAGAUGAUAUAAUCGCUAUUGCACUCCACACUGCCCUUUCCCACCUGGACAAGAGGAACACCUACGUGAGAAUGCUAUUCAUUGACUACAGCUCAGCGUUCAACACCAUAGUGCCCUCAAAGCUCAUCACUAAGCUAAGGAUCCUGGGACUAAACACCUCCCUCUGCAACUGGAUCCUGGACUUCCUGACGGGCCGCCCCCAGGUGGUAAGGGUAGGUAACAACACAUCUGCCACGCUGAUCCUCAACACGGGGGCCCCUCAGGGGUGCGUGCUGAGUCCCCUGCUGUACUCCCUGUUCACCCAUGACUGCAUGGCCAGGCACGACUACAUCACCAUCAAGUUUGCCGACGACACAACAGGGGUAGGCCUGAUCACAGACAACGAUGAGACAGCCUAUAGGGAGGAGGUCAGAGACCUGGCUGUGUGGUGCCAGGAUAACAACCUCCCUCAACGUGACCAAGACAAAGGAGAUGAUUGUGGACUACAGGAAAAAGAGGACUGAGCACGCCCCCAUUCUCAUCAACGGGGCUGUAGUGGACAGGUUGAGAGCUUUAAGUUCCUUGGUGUCCACAUCACCAACGAGCUAUCAUGGUCCAAACACACCAAGACAGUCGUGAAGAGGGCACGACAAAGCCUAUUCCCCCUAAGGAGACUGAAAAGAUUUGGCAUGGGUCCUCAGAUCCUCAAAAGGUUCUACAGCUGUACCAUCGAGAGCAUCCUGACUGGUUGCAUCACCGCCUGGUAUGGCAGCUGCUCGGCCUCCGACCGCAAGGCGCUACAGAGGGUAGUGCGUACAGCCCAGUACAUCACUGGGGCCAAGCUUCCUGCCAUCCAGGAUCUCUAUACCAGGCGGUGUCAGGAAGGCCCUCAAAAUUGUCAAAGACUCCAGCCACCCUAGUCAUAGACUGUUCUCUCUGCUACCGCACGGCAAGCGGUACCGGAGCGCCAAGUCUAGGUCCAAAAGGCUUCUCAACAGCUUCUACCCCCAAGCCAUAAGACUCCUGAGCAGCUAAUCAUGGCUACCCGGACUAUUUGCACUGCCCCCCCCACCCCACCCCAUGUUUUUACGCUGCUGCUACUCUGUUAAUUAUUUAUGCAUAGUCACUUUAACUCUACCCACAUGUACAUAUUACCUAAACUAGCCCGUGCCACCGCACAUUGACUCUGCACCGGUACCCCCCUGUAUAUAGCCUCCCUAUUAUCUUAUUUUACUUCUGCUCUUUUUUUCUUAACACUUUUUGUUGUUUUAUUUUACUUUUUUAUUAAGAAAUAAAUGCACUGUAGGUUAAAGGCUGUAAGUAAGCAUUUCACGGUAAUGUCUACACCUGUUGUAUUCGGCGCAUGUGGCAAAUAAAAUUUGAUUUGAUUUAAGAUUAGGUCAGAUUAGGUUUGUAUUUGGUGUAAAAAAAACAACUAAUCUUUAUAUAUUUUUCUAUAAUAUUCGGUCAGACCAGAGCUAAAUGACUGAGUCAGAUUAUAAGAACCACUGCAGUCAUCAUGGUAGUAACAGCUCAGGGCUACAGCCUAAUAUUAGUAGAGUUCAAAAGAUGCUCUCACUCAAACCAUGAAAAGGAAUAAUAAUACUUAAUUUAAUCCAUGCUUAAAAGAAUACACAAGGGGAAAGUUCAAGGUGCUAUGAAAACAAAAAAGGAGCAUACCAAAUAUUAUCCAGGGAAACUGGAGACCUGAGAAGACUGUAAUCACCUCAGUAGGAGAGAACGGCCGUUACAAGGGUCUACUCUCCACGCAGGAAACAGAGGCUGUAGGACGACUGCUAGAGAAACAAGGUGCAGAUACUGUCUAUGAAAACAGAGGGUUAUGCAACAGAUUUAGUCAAGAAAGGGAAAUCCGCUCUCUCUUUCGCUCUGAGGGAAGCCCAGCACCUGUGGGGUUUCUUAAAAUUAUCAGUGGUACAAUUCCAACAGACAAUGAUUAUGUAUUUAGGUAAGCUAUACUGCUCUACUUCGACUUCUUGCUCAUACCUGGCUGACUGAACACGUUUUCUUUAAGCUGCAAUACGUAACUUUUUGGGCGAUCCGACCAAAUUCACAUAGAAAUGUGAGUUGUAGAUCUGUCAUUCUAAUUUGAAAGCAAGUCUAAGAAGCAGUAGAUCUGUUACAUUUACAUUUACGUCAUUUAGCAGACGCUCUUAUCCAGAGCGGCUUACAUUAUUAUUAUUUUUUUUCAUACCCCCUGUGGGAAUCGAACCCACAACCCUGGCGUUGCAAACGCCAUGCUCUAUCAACUGAGCUACAUCCCUGCCGGCCAUUCCCUCCCCUACCCUGGACGACGCUGGGCCAAUUGCGCGCCGCCCCAUGGGUCUCCCGGUCACGGCCGGCUACGACAGAGCCUGGAUUCGAACCAGGAUCUCUAGUGGCACAGCUAGCACUGCGAUGCAGUGCCUUAGACCACUGCGCCACUCAGGAGACCUGUUCUAGGUGCGCUAUUUCUAUGCUUCCCGCGCUUAAGUUUAGUUUUUGCAUCUUUUACUUUCGGUUUUGUACAUCAGCUGAAAAUACAAUAUUUUUGGUUAUGGAAAAUAUAUUUAUUUCACAGCUGUUUAGAUGGUACGAUUCUCUACAGUAUAAUUUCUUGUUUUGUCACAAACUGAAAUUAGAAUUUUAGCAACCAGGAAAUGGAGUGAUUACUGCCUAGUGCACCUUUUAAAGAGUUGUCAGUGGGCCAGAUGUUGUUGUUAUUAUUAACGAUUAAACAUUUCAUCGAGUUAAUCACAGGGUUUGCUGUGAUUAAUCGCAAAUUCUGAAUUUGCUCAAAUUAAGCUGUAAUUAAUAUUGACGUCUUGAUUUUGGCUUAAAGUAACGCUUAGCAAAGUUAAGUAAAUUGAGAAAGCACACUUUCUUUAAGCUAAAUGUCAACUUGUAUAGAUUAUGUAUUUGGGAUGUUUUCAUAUUAUUUUGAACGCUUUCAGACAAUGCGAUUAAUCACGAUAAAAAAAGUGCACUAAAAUGACAAAGUUAGCUUGAAUUAACUGAUUAACUCUGACAGCCCUAGUUAUUAUCCAAGACGGUGAAAUUACAAUACUUCAAGUUCAUAGAUGCAGUAUGAUGUAAAGAUGAUACUUUAAAAAAAGAAAAACAUUAUUGGGCAUUUCCCUUAGCCCUUCAUGUACCAGUUAACAUAUAGAUGAUAGAGCGAGAACUCAGGGACACAGCUAACAUAAUGAGUGUUCUACAGACUGAAAUAGGCUGUUGUUUACACAUUUAUGAUCAUAAUUUGAGCCAGUUUGCUCCAGCAGGAAAAUAAAUAGUCUUGCAGCAACAGGAAAUGUGAAUUAUUAUGUGGAUUAUAAUCAAUGGACAUUUUUUGUAGGGGUUGAUACAUUUUUCGUAAGGGAAAAUGAAGUCUGAAAUUUCAGUGGAAAUUGCAACCUUCAGAAGCCUUUUUAAACCAGAAAGACACUACCAGUUUUAAAUGUCCUGCAUUGCAGGAUUGUGAUCAAAUUAAGAUCUUACAUCUGUAACACAUUGUUCUAAGGCCAUAUGGUAAUGCUAUGCUAAAGCUGAGACCUCCAUAGCAGUUAUUCACACUAAUUAUCAAGCGCUUGAAAACUUAGUUGAGUAGGUGAUGUGUUGGGUGACUCUCCUCUGGGGAGUUGCUGAGGUAUUGAUGACAAGCUGAGGAAAAUGAGGAAGCUGUGAAACAAAGCUAAUGGUUGAGUUGGUUUUAUAUGGCCCGGUGCCCCGGGUGGGCGGAGUUUGCUCAUUUUAGACAAUUUAAUUGUUCCUUAAGUGAAAUCUCCACCCACCCAGGGCACCGGGCCAUGCCAAACGAACUCGGGAUGAAUAGGACUGUUUAAAACUCUGCAUAGAUUAUAUUCUAUUGGCUGCUCUCUGACCUUUUGAUCUCUGACCUUUGACAUGGCCAUCAGAAGCAAUUAAUGUUGUAGAAAUUAUUUUAAAUUCUUUCUGUGUUAGAGGAUUUAGAUCUCACUUGGAAGUAGCAAGCAGUGAGUGAACAUUCACUUUCUUUUUGGUGCAUCUCUCUCUCAAUUUCAAUUUAAGGGCUUUAUUGGCAUGGGAAUGUUAACAUUGCCAAAGCAAGUGAAGUAGAUAGUAAACAAAAGGGAAAUAAAUAUUAAUAGUACUCAGAAGUUCCAAAAGAAUAUAGACAUUUCAAAUGUCAUUAUGUUUAUAUACAGUGUUAUAAUGAUGUGAAAGUACAAAUGGGAAAAUAAAUAAACAAAAAUAUGGGUUGUAUUUACAAUGGUGUUUGUUCUUCACUGGUUGCCCUUUUCUUGUGGCAACAGGUCACACAUCUUGCUGCUGUGAUGGCACACUGUGGUAUUUCACCCAGUAGAUAAGGGGGUUUAUCAAAAUUGGGUUUGUUUUCGAAUUCUUUGUGGAUCUGUGUAAUAUGAGGGAAAUGUGUCUCUAAUAUGGUCAUACGGCAGGAGGUUAGGAAGUGCAGCUCAGUUUCCACCUCAUUUUGUGGGCAGUGUGCACAUAGCCUGUUUUCUCUUGAGAGCCAGGUCUGCCUACGGCGGCCUUUCUCAAUAGCAAUGCUCACUGAGUCUGUACAUACAGUGAGGGGAAAAAAGUAUUUGAUCCCCUGCUGAUUUUGUACGUUUGCCCACUGACAAAGAAAUGAUCAGUCUAUAAUAUUAAUGGUAGGUUUAUUUGAACAGUGAGACAGAAUAACAACAAAAAAAUCCAGAAAAACGCAUGUCAAAAAUGUUAUAAAUUGAUUUUCAUUUUAAUGAGGGAAAUAAGUAUUUGACCCCCUCUCAAUCAAAGAUUUCUGGCUCCCAGGGGUCUUAUUUAUACAGGUAACGAGCUGAGAUUAGGAGCACACUCUUAAAGGGAGUGCUCCUAAUCUCAGUUUGUUACCUGUAUAAAAGACACCUGUCCACAGAAGCAAUCAAUCAAUCAGAAUCCAAACUCUCCACCACGGCCAAGACCAAAGAGCUCUCCAAGGAUGUCAGGGACAAGAUAGUAGACCUACACAAGGCUGGAAUGGGCUACAAGACCAUCGCCAAGCAUCUUGGUGAGAAGGUGACAACAGUUGGUGCGAUUAUUCGCAAAUGGAAGAAACACAAAAUAACUGUCAAUCUCCCUCGGCCUGGGGCUCCAUGCAAGAUCUCACCUCAUGGAGUUGCAAUGAUCAUGAGAACGGUGAGGAAUCAGCCCAGAACUACAUGGGAGGAUCUUGUCAAUGAUCUCAAGGCAGCUGGGACCAUAGUCACCAAGAAAACAAUUGGUAAAACACUACGCCGUGAAGGACUGAAAUCCUGCAGCGCCCGCAAGGUCCCCCUGCUCAAGAAAGCACAUAUACAUGCCCGUCUGAAGUUUGCCAAUGAACAUCUGAAUGAUUCAGAGAAGAACUGGGUGAAAGUGUUGUCAGAUGAGACCAAAAUGGAGCUCUUUGGCCUCAACUCGCCGUGUUUGGAGGAGGAGGAUUGCUGCCUAUGACCCCAAGAACACCAUCCCCACCGUCAAACAUGGAGGUGGAAACAUUAUGCUUUGGGGGUGUUUUUCUGCUAAGGGGACAGGACAACUUCACUGCAUCAAAGGGAUGAUGGACAGGGCCAUGUACCGUCAAAUCUUGGGUGAGAACCUCCUUCCCUCAGCCAGGGCAUUGAAAAUGGGUCGUGGAUGGGUAUUCCAGCAUGACAAUGACCCAAAACACACAGCCAAGGCAACAAAGGAGUGGCUCAAGAAGAAGCACAUUAAGGUCCUGGAGUGGCCUAGCCAGUCUCCAGACCGUAAUCCCAUAGAAAAUCUGUCGAGGGAGCUGAAGGUUCGAGUUGCCAAACGUCAGCCUCGAAACCUUAAUGACUUGGAGAAGAUCUGCAAAGAGGAGUGGGACAAAAUCCCUCCUGAGAUGUGUGCAAACCUGGUGGCCAACUACAAGAAACAUCUGACCUCUGUGAUUGCCAACAAGGGUUUUGCCACCAAGUACUAAGACAUGUUUUGCAGAGGGGUCAAAUACUUAUUUCCCUCAUUAAAAUGCAAAUCUAUUUCUAACAUUUUUGACAUGCGUUUUUCUGGAUUUUGUUGUUGUUAUUGUCUCUCACUGUUCAAAUAAACCUACCAUUAAAAUUAUAGACUGAUCAUGUCUUUGUCAGUGGGCAAACGUACAAAAUCAGCAGGGGAUCAAAUACUUUUGUUCCCUCACUGUAGUCAAAGAUUUCCUUAAUUUUGGGUCAGUCACAGUGGUCAGGUGUUCUGCCACUGCGUACUCUCUGUUUAGGGCCAAAUAGCAUUCUAGUUGUGCUCUGUUUAGCAAACAGUGUGCUCUGUUUUUUUUGUUAAUUACUUGACACAUUGGAAAUAAUUGUAUUUUUGUUUUCUCAUGAUUUGGUUGGGUCUAAUUGUGUUGCUAUCCUGGGGCUCUGGGAUCUGUUUGUUUGAACAGAGCCCCAGGACCAGCUUGCUUAAGGGACUCUUCUCCAAAAUCAUCUCUCUGUAGGUGAUGGCUUUGUUAUGGAAGAUUUGGGAAUCUCUUCCUUUUAGGUGGUUGUAGAAUUUAACGUCUCUUUUCUGGAUUUUGAUAAUUAGUGGGUAUCGGCUUAAUUCUGCUCUGCAUGCAUUAUUUGGUGUUUUACGUUGAACACGGAGGGUAUUUUUUCAGAAUUCUGCAUGCAGAGUCUCAAUUUGGUGUUUGUCCCAUUUUCUCUCUGUCAGAGCUGACGUUCUGGUUCUAUGUGAAGGAGUAUCUGAACCGCCAUGAGCUGCAGCGGUUCUACUCCCUGAGACACAUCUCCUCUGAGCUGGGUCGCGGCCGCGCCUGGCUCCGCUGUGCCCUCAACGAACACUCCCUAGAACGCUACCUACACACGCUGCUCGCAGACCGCAUGCGCCCCGGGUAAGAGUGUGUGUGUCUGUUUGUGUAUUUAUCUUAGGUCAGUGUGUGGAGUCUGGAACUUCCUGGCAGUAUAUAUUUUUUUCUUUGUGUUUUCUAGCACCUUCUAUGAAGACUGGGCGUUUAUUCUGGAUGAGGAGCGAGCCAGCAUGCUGCCCACCAUGGCUGCAGGUGAGAGCAUGACUCUGAUUCUUGUGGUGAAACUUAUUCAUAUCUCUGCCGUUCAGAGAGCUGCUUUACAGUAAGCCACGAGUCACAGUUCAGUCACUUAUUCCCUGUGUGAUGUGUUCCCAAUUCUCAGGGAGCUAUACACAGUAUUAAAUGAACAAAAAUAUAAACACAACAUGUAAAGUGUUGGUCCCAUGUUUCAUGAGCUGAAAUAAAAGAUCCCAGACAUUUUCCAUAUGCACAAAAAGCUUAUUUCUCUAAAAUGUUGUGCACAAAUUUGUUUACAUCCCUGAUUAUUUCUCCUUUGCCAAGAUAAUCCAUCCACCUGACAGGUGUGGCAUAUCAAGAAGCUGAUUAAACAGCAUUAUUAUUACACAGGUGCACCGUGUGCUGCUAAUUUCUCUACCAUAAGCCCACUCCAACGUCGUUUUAGAGAAUUUGACAGUACGUCCAUCCGGCCUCGCAACUGCAGACCACGUGUAACCACUUCAGCCCAUUUUAUUUGUUGACAUUUUAGUCAUUUAGCCCCCCGUGGGAAUCGAACCCACAACCCAGGACCUCCACAUCCGGCUUCUUCACCUGCGGGAUCUUCUGAAACCAGCCACCCGGACAGCUGAUGUCAACAUUGUGAACAAAGUGCCCCAUGGUGGCGGUGGGUUAUGGGCAUGCAUAAGCUACAAACAACAAACACAAUUGCAUUUUAUCAAUGGCAGUUUUAAUGCACAGAGAUACCGUGAUGAGAUCCUGAGGCCCAUUGUCGUGCCAUUCAUCUGCCCGCCAUCACCUAAUGUUUCAGCAUGAUAAUGCAUGGCCCCAUGUCGCAAGGAUCUGUACACAAUUCCUGGAAGAUGGCCUGCAUACUCACCAGACAUGUCACCCAUUGAGCAUGUUUGGGAUGCUCUGGAUCGACGUGUACGACAGCGUGUUCCAGUUCCCGGCAAUAUGCAGCAACGUCGCACAGCCGUUGAAGAGGAGUGGGACAACAUUCCACAGGCCACAAUCAACAGCCUGAUCAACUCUAUGCGAAGGAGAUGUGUCGCGAUGCACGAGGCAAAUGGUGGUCACACCAGAUACUAACUGGUUUUCUGAUCCACGCCCCUACCUUUUUUAAUAAGGGAUCUGUGAUCAACAGAUGCAUAUUUGUAUUCCCAGUCAUGUGGAAUCCAUAGAUUAGGGCAUAAUGAAUUUAUUUCAGUUGACUUAUUUCCUAAUAUGAACUGUAACUCAGUAAAAUCUUUUGUUUAUAUUUUUGUUCAGUGUAAGUUGAGAGGAACCAUUUAACAUUAUCCACUACCCCUAGUGCUGUUCUAGGCUGUGCUGUGUGAAUGACUACUAACUAGACCCUCUCUCUCCACCCUUCACACAGGACUGAACUCCAUCCUGUUUGCCAUCAACAUCGACAACAAGGACCUGAACGGUGUGAUCCGAGCAGGCGGCCCCUCCUCCUCCGUGAGCCACCUCCUGAAGGAGUCCACCCAGGGCAUAGGGAGUCUAUGGAAGGAGUCUACCCAGGGGGUGAGCACUCUGCUUAGGGAGAUCAGCACCGCCACCGCUGUGGUGCCAGGCUUCACCCCCACACACCGCCCCGACAGCUCCUCAGACCCACUGCCUGUCCUGCCCCGCAGUGCCUCCGCAGGUAGGGAGGAGAAAUUACAAUCAAUUUAGACAGAGGGGGACAGGGGAUUUUACCAGUUAUUUCUAUUCAUAUUCUUACUAAGAAUUCAUAAUAAGCCAACAAACAUGGAGAUUAAAUGGACUACGUUUUCUCUCUCUUCUCCAGACUCUGGCCUGAGGAAGGAGCGACGGAGGAAAAAGAGAAUCACCAACAUCAUCUCUUUCGACGACGACCUGGAUGGGGGAGCGGAGGAUGAGGAGGAGGUGGGGGGGAGGACUGCCACUCUCAGGAAGAGCACCACUGCUCCUCAGGUCAGUCUGGAGGAAGGCAUUGAUCCACUGGAGCCCUCCUCCUCCCUCUCACCUCCCCAGAACGGGCUGCCCGAGCCUGGGAUAGUCAGCUGGGCCGGGCCUCCUCCUUUCUCCAGAGCUCUGCCAGACUCCAAGAUUAUUGGUAAUGAUGAGGAAGAGGUGUACAAGAGCAGACCACAGCUACAGAGCCCCCUCCAUGACAGGGCCAGCGCUGACCAGUGAGUAACCAUGGAGACUAAUGAUUACACAUAAUCUAGCACUUUCUUAACUAUACAGUAAGCAUGGUGGGAAACUCCUAAACAAGGAUUGAUACAAACAGGUGAUGUUUUUGUGUGUGUGUGUGUGUGUGUGUACAGAGUGGUGGUGGGGAGCCUAUCCAGUGUGUCCACGUGGAGCCCUCUGCAGGGCAUGACUGAUAAUGACAGUUCAGACGCCCUCAUCCCUGUGGCCUCCAGCCACUCCUACUCUCAGCCAGGUGAGCCAGGUUCCUCUCCUCUGCAGCAGUGUUUCUCAACCCAGUCCUCUGGGCUCACCAGUCAUUUCUUACACAACCACAGAAGUGUGGUUAUAGCGUGUUGGUUCAUAGUGUUCAUUUUUGGAGACUGGUGUUAAGAGAAUAGAGGGCGACGUUGCUUAGAGGUGAAGCUCAUGAGAAAACGGAGAUGUACAUUUACUAAACUUCUGUAGAAUAUGGGAAGCAUAUUAUUAAACUAGACAAAAAACUAGACAAAAAUCCCUCAGCAUUGUUUUCACUUUAAUUUUGUUUCAGUUGGCUCAGUGGAGGAUACAGCUGCAUUUCCUGUACAGACAGAUUCCACAGGUGACUACGAGACGACCAGAUCCCAGCUGCAGUUCAAGUGAGUUGUCAGUCCAUUUUAUAUGAACAUUAUCUUAACAAGGGAGGGAGAAAAACCACACUCGCUUCGAUAGUCUUUAUUGGAUGGAGAUAUGUACGUAACAUCUCUCUCUCUCUCUGUGGUGUUGCAGCUUAGAGGUCAGCCCACCGGUCCAGAAUGCACCUCUCUCUAGUGUCCUGCCCAGUGCCACCCCCGUUCUACCAGAGUCCAUGACAGUGGGUGAGUGUGUGUGGUAUACUGGUAAUAAGAAGGGAAUCCAGUAUGAGGAGAAUAUAUUUAUUCAACCAGGAGAUGGCACUGUUAAUUCAGUAUUGGUGUGCCCUGUGUGUACUCAAACGGUAGCCUCCAGUUUAUAUGACUGAAACAGAACGGUACCCUCAGAAAAGCAUGUCUUCUUCGAUAGAUCUCAUUUCUGUAUACAACACACACCAGUCAUCCACAUUUCUUCCGCUCUAUUGUCUUUCAAAACUUCCUGGAAUAUAAAAUGCCCUGAUCCAGUCAACCGUUUACACGCUGUCUGUGUUUUCGACUCUAGGACGUGAUUUGUGUAAUUCUCUAAAGCUUAGCACAGGUUAGCGCCGCUGAUGCUCAUAUUGAUUCUAAAUGUUUCCUGUGUGUGGACCUCACCAAGCCUGUAAUGUGAGUCAGUGCGUCAGGGCUGGGGAUCUGAUUGUGGCGGUCUGCCUUUAAGCACUGUGGAAGACCCACAGUCACGUCUAUAGUUGAACACUCACAAGAUUAGCAGCUCUCAAAAGAGGAGAGCUGUGUGCUCGUGUGUGUGUGUGUGUGUGCUCGUGUGUGUAUAGAUAAAGAACAUAAGCCAAGGCCCACCAUUAUGUUAGUGUCUGACACACACACACACACACACACACACACACACACACGCAUGUAGUUCAACAGAGGGGUACCUCUCUAUAUAGCUCGUUAAUGGAUCGCCGCUUUGUCGUAAAUGUCACACUUAUUUCUGGAUCAGUGAUGUGGAGUUGGGAGCUCCAGAAAUAAUGGUUCUGUGCUUUCCUCUUCAUCCUCCUCCUCUUCUUCACCUCCUCAACCAGCCACUUGGCCGAGGCUUUGGGUUGUAGACCUACCUUUUGAAAUGCGUCCGGGGCCAAAACACGCUCCACUUCUAAGCUUCGUGGCUGUUGAUGUCAACAGCUGAAUAUGCUCUUAAUUUUGUAAAUACUUUGAUAUUCAUAAGGCCUUGGCACUUACCACUUUUUCCAUAGACCUACUUCUCUCAGUGCAGUGCUAUGUAUUAGCCUAUAUCCGUCAUGUUAAUACAGAGCUGUGCUGUGACUGUAUGGUGAAGAAGUGUGUAUGUAUCUGGGCAGAGGUGGUAUUUUAGUAGCCUGGCUGGUCCCAUGCGCUAUGUCAGGGCUAUUGAACUAUAUUCUUACGGGGGCCAGAUUUGAAAAAGGUUAUUUACAGGGGGGCCAGACAUUUUCUACAUGGGAUUACUCUUCCUAAGACGGUAUAAAAAAUAAUGCACAAACACAAUUAUGAUCUUUAUAAAGCACUUUUAUUCAAAUUAAAUGUUGCUAAAAUUUCAUUUUAAGUGCUUUAAGAUUAGCCUAAUUCAGUGCAUAAAAUUGUUUAAAUAAUGGAACACAUUUGGAUUUAUAACACAGUUGACUUGCAUCACAUUAAUUAAUUUCUACUUUCCUGUCUGUUUUACAGACAUAGCUUCAUCUUUUUGUUUUUAUUUACACAUGGGAAACCUUUUAUGCAUGGCAUAUCUCAGUUGAUUAGCUUUUGCGGAGAAGUCUCUCUCCCCCCCCCCCCCCAUCAGUAGAGAACGGGUCUCUAUAAUAAACUGCACCACCUCUGUGGGGACUUAAACUCAUCAAAUCUCGUUGCAAAGUUAGCUUUCAGUUUAUCUAAAAACUCCGACAUCACGGGAGUGAUCUGUGCUGAUGACUGAAUGUAGUUGUUCAGUGUAGGGAAAUGGAGCAUUUUGUUUGGGCUCAAAUCAGAGGGGAAAAUAACACAUUUAAAUUUAAAUCAUGUCAAUAACUGUUUUAUCCCUUCCCUGUAAACCCAAAUUGAGUUUAUUUUUACAGGGACCGUGCACAUUAAUCAACGUUUCAGUAAAAGUGCCGGUUGUAGGCAGCCGCUGUACAGUAUGAAACUAGUUUAGUAUUUCCUGUGUCAGUCAGCUCAGUGGCACAGUACUGGUAGUGAUGAGAUUUCAGUAUGAGCUUAGUAAAAGUAAUGUGAACAAUAACCACUUUUCCAGAUGAGUUUUUGACGUCUGUGUUAACGGUCUCUCGUCCACAGUGGAGCUCCGCCAGGCCAUAGUAGCCAUGAUGAACAGGAAGGAUGAGCUGGAUGAACACAACACGUGAGUUCCCCUCUCCUAAUGUUGAUGGGAUGAGUUGAUCUUUGACAUGUUGUGAAAAAUCGAGUGGAAUUUAGAGCUAUGUGUAUAUACUGUAUGUGAGUUUUCUGAGACUGUGUGUUGUGAGCAGACUGUCUGUGUAUGCCAGUGUUCUGUUUUGUGACGGUAUGGUAACAGUAUUGUGUUGUUUCUUCCGGGGCUCCAGGUCCCUGCGCAGCCUGCUGGAUGGGGAGAUGGAGCACUCUGCUGGGCUGAGGCAGGAGACGGACGCCCUGAGGAGACGCCUGGAUGAGCUGGAGGAGAGACACACAGCCAAGGUGCAGGCUCUGGGCAGGUGGGUGUCACUGGUGGUUGUUGUUCCCAAUGGCAGCUUCCCAUGGCUCAGUUGGUUUCCUAUCCCUGUGCUACAAUCAAUCAAUCAGCACUUUUAGAGUGUGUUCUAUCUAAGCCAGCCCAGCCAUUCUACACUCAAGCCAAACAGGAAACUCCAGCCAGCCACUCACACUCAAGUGCUAUCCUCCACCUAAAUCUGGCCUGAUCUGAUCAAUAGGAUCUAAAAAUACUGGACUUGGUAAGUAAGCCCUUCCUGUGUCUGUGUGUGUGUGUGUCUAACAAAGCCCUGUGGACUUGAGCUGGACUGAGAUGCUCUCAUAGAUGUACCCACAUUGAUUGAUCACAGUGAGAGGAGUGGGUACUGGGCUGGUUAAGACUUGGGCCGCAUAUGUAUGUAACACAGACUGACUGAGGCAACGCUUCUGAUGCGCAUGUAUGUAACACAGGCUGACUGAGGCAACGCUUCUGACGCGCAUGUACAGUGGGGAGAACAAGUAUUUGAUACACUGCCGAUUUUGCAGGUUUUCCUACUUACAAAGCAUGUAGAGGUCUGUCAUUUUUAUCAUAGGUACACUUCAACUGUGAGAGGCUAAAACAAAAAUCCAGAAAAUCACGUAUGAUUUUUAAGUAAUUAAUUUGCAUUUUAUUGCAUGACAUAAGUAUUUGAUACAUCAGAAAAGCAGAACUUUAUAUUUGGUACAGAAACCUUUGUUUGCAAUUACAGAGAUCAUACGUUUCCUGUAGGUCUUGACCAGGUUUGCACACACUGCAGCAGGGAUUUUGGCCCACUCCUCCAUACAGACCUUCUCCAGAUCCUUCAGGUUUCGGGGCUGUCGCUGGGCAAUAUGGACUUUCAGCUCCCUCCAAAGAUUUUCUAUUGGGUUCAGGUCUGGAGACUGGCUAGGCCACUCCAGGACCUUGAGAUGCUUCUUACGGAGCCACUCCUUAGUUGCCCUGGCUGUGUGUUUCGGGUCGUUGUCAUGCUGGAAGACCCAGCCACGACCCAUCUUCAAUGCUCUUACUGAGGGAAGGAGGUUGUUGGCCAAGAUCUCGCGAUACAUGGCCCCAUCCAUCCUCCCCUCAAUACGGUGCAGUCGUCCUGUCCACUUUGCAGAAAAGCAUCCCCAAAGAAUGAUGUUUCCACCUCCAUGCUUCACGGUUGGGAUGGUGUUCUAGGGGUUGUACUCAUCCUUCUUCUUCCUCCAAACACGGCGAGUGGAGUUUAGACCAAAAAGCUCAAUUUUUGUCUCAUCAGACCACAUGACCUUCUCCCAUUCCUCCUCUGGAUCAUCCAGAUGGUCAUUGGCAAACUUCAGACGGGCCUGGACAUGCGCUGGCUUGAGCAGGGGGACCUUGCGUGCGCUGCAGGAUUUUAAUCCAUGACGGCGUAGUGUGUUACUAAUGGUUUUCUUUGAGACUGUGGUCCCAUUUCUCUUCAGGUCAUUGACCAGGUCCUGCCGUGUAGUUCUGGGCUGAUCCCUCACCUUCCUCAUGAUCAUUGAUGCCCCACGAGGUGAGAUCUUGCAUGGAGCCCCAGACCGAGGGUGAUUGACCGUCAUCUUGAACUUCUUCCAUUUUCUAAUAAUUGCGCCAACAGUUGUUGCCUUCUCACCAAGCUGCUUGCCUAUUGUCCUGUAGCCCAUCCCAGCCUUGUGCAGGUCGACAAUUUUAUCCCUGAUGUCCUUACACAGCUCUCUGGUCUUGGCCAUUGUGGAGAGGUUGGAGUCUGUUUGAUUGAGUGUGUGGACAGGUGUCUUUUAUACAGGUAAUGAGUUCAAACAGGUGCAGUUAAUACAGGUAAUGAGUGGAGAAUAGGAGGGCUUCUUAAAGAAAAACUAACAGGUCUGUGAGAGCCGGAAUUCUUACUGGUUGGUAGGUGAUCAAAUACUUAUGUCAUGCAAUAAAAUGCAAAUUAAUUACUUAAAUCAUACAAUGUGAUUUUCUGGAUUUUUGUUUUAGAUUCUGUCUCUCACAGUUGAAGUGUACCUAUGAUAAAAAUUACAGACCUCUACAUGCUUUGUAAGUAGGAAAACCUGCAAAAUCGUCAGUGUAUCAAAUACUUGUUCUCCCCACUGUAUGUAACACAGGCUGACUGAGGCGACGCUUCUGACGCGCAUGUAUGUAACACAGACUGACUGAGGCACAUGUUUGCACGGACGCAGAGAAAGCUUAUUCUCUACCAUGGAGCUCGGGCCGUUUUUCUUCUUCCAGUGAUGUUAGCAGAGCGGAAAUGAGAUCUCACCCAGGAAGGCGGCUGGGCAGGCGGCCAGGAGAGUGGGCCUGGCCAAGGAGAAAGUGGUCCUCUGCUCGGUUUGGAGGGUGGAUGGUUAGAAGAAACACACAUUGGGAAAAUACUAACGAGAGAUCAUUCUUUCUUCUUACUUGGCGCUGAGUGUUUCCUGAAGGUGGUUGAGAAUGGGAUAUUGAUGUACUGUAAAGACCCCUCCUAAGGUUUGGGCGGUUUUACUUUUGUUGUUGAGAGGAUCUUAGUUGUUUUGCUGCUUUGUGAAGUCAAUUAUCCAGCUGUCUCGGGGGUACUGUAACGUUGAAGCUGUUCUCCGUCUGCCUACUGUGCUAUGGGCACAGAGGAAGAAUGUUUAUGAAAGGAAAACCACAAUACACGUUCGAAGCGUUGUUUGUAGAGCCUCUAAAUUGCACUCAGGAGUAUUAGACGUCCUUUUUUUUGGCUUUAUUCUAUCCUCAAUAUGAGUGUUUUACUGUAAUGUUUUCUCUAACUGGUGCAGCUUUAUACUGUGUUUUUUACUGUUAAAUCCAAAUCAAACCUCUGUGACCGCAAUCCCAGAAACCUUCAGUAGAGGUCAAACAGGAAGUUGUUGCAUCUCUUCCUGCCUCUCACUCUCUCUGAUAUCUGGGUUUUUCCUCUCCCCGUCUGAGACUCUCUCCUCUGAUCUAAUUUCACUAAUGGGUUUAUAGACCGUCCAUUUAGACAGCUUUUUGGGUGGAAUACCCCCCAUGGUAAACUGCCUCAACAACACAUGCCUGUUGUACAAUACACAGCAAAGGUAGUGCUGUAGGAUGCCUUUGAAACUUUCAGGGAUACUUGUAACGUGGAAUGAUGAGCCCAUAUAAAAAGGACUGUCUGGAACAUAUUUUACAGUUCCAGUUAUUAUCAGUCUGUUUCUGUGCAGUGAAUUGAAUUUGGACUGAUGCUAUAGAUUUGGGUGAGGCUUGUGUACACAGCCUAUACAUUUUACAUUUUAGUCAUUUAGCAGACGCUCUUAUCCAGAGCGACUUACAGGAGCAAUUAGGGUUAAGUGCCUUGCUCAAGGGCACAUCGACAGAUUUUUCACCUAGUCGGCUCGGGGAUUAGAACCAGCAACCUUUCGGUUACUGGCACAACGCUCUUAACCACUAAGCUACCUGCCACCUAUACAUUAUCCUCCUAGGACGUUCUCUACAUUAUCCUCCUAGGACGUUCUCUACAUGAUCCUCCUAGGACGUUCUCUACGUUGUCGUUCCUUCAGUGACACCUUCAUAUUACUCUACAGUACAACAUAUGGCUACACAUACACUGAGUGGACAAAACAUUAGGAACACCUUUCUAAUAUUGAGUAGCACCCCCCCUUUUGCCCUCAGAACAGCCUCUACAAGGUGUCAAGCAUUCCACAGGGAUGCUGACCUAUGUUGACUUCAAUGCUUCCCACAGUUGUGUCAAGUUGACUGGAUGUCCUGUCAAAUCAAAUCAACGUUUGGGUGUUGGACCAUUCUUUAUACACAGGGGAAACUGUUGAGCGUGAACAACCCAGCAGCGUUGCAGUUCUUGACACAAACCGGUGCGCCUGGCACCUACUGCCAUACCCCGUUCAAAGGCACUUAAAUGUUUUGUCUUCCCCAUUCACCCUCUGAAUGGCACACAUACACAAUCCAUGUCUCAAGGCUUACAAAUCCUUUGUUAACCUGUCUCCUCCCCUUCAUCUGCACUGAUUUUGAAGUGGAUUUAACAAGUGAUCAAUAAGGGAUCAUAGCAUUCACCUGGUCAGUCUAUGUCAUGGAAAGAGCAGGUGUUCUUAAUGUUUUGUACACUCAGUGUAGUUCAACUACAUAGACAGACGGCCCUUAGUUUGCUUUUAUUAAAUAGAUAUGCAUGUCUGUCUAUAUGGCGUCUAUCUCUGUGUUUCUACAGUAGGGCUGACCCCAUUUAGUAGACUGGUCGAUUGUUUGGUCGAUAGGCUGUUGGUCGACCGAGAUUUAUUUAGUAGAGCAGUCGCAUUUUCUAAAAAAUGUUUAUGGUGCACAAGACGCCUGUCUGAUUUGGCUCCUGUCUCAGUGGACUAAUCCAUUGCGGAGGCCAUGGGGACGGCACAGUCCAUCACUCUAUGUAAGACGUGAUACUGAAAUUGUAUAUGUUUAUAUUAUGUAAAAAAUAAUGGUGCAACACUAAUAAAUCGAAUAUUAUUUGAUAACAUGUGUUUUCCCCUACGGUUGCUGUCCGCGGUCAGUGCAAUUGUUUCCCCCCCUCAUCAAUCAACACACAAUACCCCAUAAUGACAAAGCAAAAACAGUUUUGCAAAUGUAGAAUUUUUUUACUGAAAUAUCACAUUUACAUAAGUAUUUAGACCCUUUACUCAGUACUUUGUUGAAGCACCAUUGGCAGCAAUUACAACCUCGAGUCUUCUUGUAUGACGCUACAAGCUUGGCACACCUGUAUUUGGGGAGUUUUUACCAUUUCUUCUCUGCAGAUCCUCUCAAGCUAUUUUCAGGUCUCUUUAGAGAUGUUCGAUCGGGUUCAAGUCCGGGCUGUGGCUGGGCCACUCAAGGACAUUGAGUCUUGUCCCGAAGCCACUCCUGCAUUGUCUUGGCUGUGUGCUUAGGGUCAUUGUCCUGUUGGAAGGUGAACCUUCACCCUAGUCUGAGGUCUUGAGCGCUCUGGAGCAGGUUUUCAUCAAGGAUUUCUCUGUACUUUGUUCCGAUCAUCUUUCCCUCGAUGCUGACUAGGCUCCCAGUCCCUGCCGCUGAAAAACAUCCCCACAGUAUGACGCUGCCACCACCAUGCUUCAUCGUAGGGAUGGUGCCAGGUUUCCUCCAAACAUGAUGCUUGGCAUUCAGGCCAAAGAGUUCAAUCUUGGUUUCAUCAGACCAGAGAAUCUUGUUUCUCAAAGUCAGUCCUUUAGGUGCCUUUUGGCAAACUCCAAGCAGGCUGUCGUUUUACUGAGGAGUGGCUUCUGUCUGGCCACUCUACCAUAAAGGCCUGAUUGGUGGAGUGCUGCAGAGAUGGUUGUCUUUCUGGAAAGUUCUCCCAUUUCUACAGAGGAACUCUGGAGGUCUUUCAGUGUGACCAUCGGGUUCUUGGUCACCUCCCUGACCAGGGCCCUUCUCCCGGAGUUUGGCCAGGCGGCCAGCUCUAGGAUGAGUUUUGGUGGUUCCAAACUGUUCUUGGGGACCUUCAAUGUGGCAGACAUUUUUUGGUACCCUUCCCUAGAUCUGUGCCUCGACACAAUCCUGUCUCAGAGCUCUACGGACAAUUCCUUUGACCUCAUGGCUUGGUUUUUGCUCUGACAUGCACUGUCAACUGUGGGACCGUAUAUAGAAAGGUGUGUGCCUUUCCAAAUCAUGUCCAAUCAAUUGAAGUUACCACAGGUGUACUCCAAGUUGUAGAAACAUCUCAAGGAUGAUAAAUGGAAACAGGAUGCACCGGAGUUCAAUUUUGAGUCUCGUAGGAAAGGGUCUGAAUACUUAUGUAAUUAAGGUAUUUCUGUAUUUUAUUUUUAAUAAAUUUGCAAACAAAUUCUAAAAAUCUGUUUUCUCUUUGUCAUUAUGGGGUAUUGUGUGUAGAUUGAUGAAAAAUAUAUAUUUAAUCAAUUCUAGAAUACGGCUAUAACGUAACAAAUGUGGAAAAAGUCAAGGGGUCUGAAUACUUUCCGAAUGCACUGUAUAUGGAAAAAUUAUUUAAUGUGGAUCAAUUGAUUGGUUGAAAGAACAGGACGACUCUCGGUCGACCAAGAUUUUUUUUUGUCGGGUACAGCCCUAAUCUACAGUGCCUUCAGAAAGUAUUCACACCCCUUGACUUUUUCCACAUUUUUGUUGUUACAUUCUGAAUAUAAAAUGGUUGAAAUUUAGAUUUUGUCUCUGGCCUACACACAAUACUCCAUAAUGUCAAAGUGGAAAUCCUAAAUAUUUGUUAUGGCAAGCCUUUGUUAUGGCAAGCCUAAAUAUGUUCAGGAGUAAAAAUGUGCUUAACAAGUCACAAAAUAAGUUGCAUGGACUCACUCAGUGUGCAAUAAUAGUGUUUAACAUGAUUUCUGAAUGACUACCUCAUCUCUGUACCCCAAACAUAGUUAUCUGUAAGGUCCCUCAGUCGAGCAGUGAAUUUCAAACACAGAUUGAACUACAAAGAUCAGGUAGGUUUUCCAAUGCCUCGCAACGAAGGGCACCUAUUGGUAGAUAUGUAAAAACAAACAAAAAAACAGACAUUGAAUAUCCCUUUGAGCAUGGUGAAGAUAUUAAUUACGCUUUGGAUGGUGUAUCAAUACACCCAGUCACUACAAAGAUACAGGCGUCCUACCUAACUCAGUUGCCGGAGAGGAAGGAAACCGCUCAAGGAUUUCACCUUAAGGCCAAUGGUGACUUUAAAACAGUUACAGAGUUUAAUGGCUGUGAUAGGAGAGAACUGAGGAUGGAUCAACAACAUUGUACUUACUCUACAAUACUCUCCUUGUUCAUUCUUCUUCUGUGGAUUUUUUUAUAUGGCGGUUGGCAACCAACCUUAAGGUGCAUUACCGCCACCAACUGGACUGUAGUGUGGACCUCGUUCAUCUUUCAAUCACCCGCGAUGGUAUAUGCUCGUAAAAACCAAUUAGUAGAGAGGCAAGUCAAGCGUCUAAAAUGGAACCAAGUUCUAAGUUCUAACCAAGUUCUAUUUUAGUGCCUGGCUAUGCAGAUGCCUGUUGACACAUGCAAGCAGUUUGGAUUAAAUGAUUGACUAACAUGUAUGUGUACAUUUAUUUUGCAGCGCACGCAACGAGAGCAGUCUGGUCAGCUUGUAAAACCAGAUAAAAAGUAUGAAAAGAUAAAGGAGCUAUAUAUUUUUAAGUAAGUUCAUCUUUGAUAACUAACAAUCACCAAUAAAAACUAGACAGUCAGAAUCUAAAAUGUCUUGGCAUGGGGCCCCCCUUGAUUCUGUUAUAAUGUUUGAGUCACUCGGAUAGCAUAAGAACAUUGCAUAAGCCAUGGCGAAAUGUGUAGAAUUGCAGGAAAUUCGCUUUGAAAUGGCAACAUUUUGUCUCUGCGGCCAAGAGAAGGGCCUUUAAAAUCUUUGGUUAAAAUCUUAGGGAAAACACUGUAACCGCGGGCGACUGCAUGGAGUCUCCAGUGACAGUAAGCAAUCAAAUCAAAAAAUUUUUUGUCACAUGCGCCGAAUACAACAGACCUUACAGUGAAAUGCUUACUUACAAGCCCUUAACCAACAGUGCAGUUUUAAGAAAGAAUACCAAAAAAUAUAAUACAAAAUAAAAGUUACAAAUAAUUAAAGAGCAGCAGUAAAAUAACAGUAGUGAGGCUCUAUACAGGGGGUACCGGUACCGAGUCAAUGUGAGGGGGCACCGGUUAGUCGAGAUAAUAUGUACAUGUAGGUAGAGUUAUUAAAGUGACUAUGCGUAAAUAAUAAACAGAGUAGCAGCAGCGUAGAAGGGGGGAGGGGGGACAUUCUCACAUAGGUGUUCCUUUUGUCCAGGUGUGAAAGGGCAGUGUGGAGCGCAAUAGAGAUUGCAUCAUCUGUGGAUCUGUUGGGGCGGUAUGCAAAUUGGAGUGGGUCUAGGGUUUCUGGGAUAGUGGUGUUGAUGUGAGCCAUGACCAGCCUUUCAAAGCACUUCAUGGCUACAGACCUGAGUACACGUCCUGGUAAUCCGUCUGGCCCUGCGGCCUUGUGAAUGUUGACCUGUUUAAAGGUCUUACUCACAUCUGCUACGGAGAGCGUGAUCUCACAGUCGUCCGGAACAGCUGGUGCUCUCAUGCAUGCUUCAGUGUUACUUGCCUCGACGCGAGCAUAGAAGUAAUUUUGCUAGUCUGGUAGGCUCGUGUCACUGGGCAGCUCGCGGCUGUGCUUCCCUAUGUAGUCUGUAAUAGUUUGCAAGCCCUGCCACAUCCGACGAGCAUCAGAGCCGGUGUAGUACGAUUCGAUCUUAGUCCUCUAUUGAUGCUUUGCCUGUUUGAUGGUUCGUCGGAGGGCAUGGCAGGAUUUCUUAUAAGCUUCUGGGUUAGAGUCCCGCUCCUUGAAAGCGGCAGCUCUACACUUUAGCUCAGUGCGGAUGUUGCCUGUAAUCCAUGUCUUCUGGUUGGGGUAUGUACGUACAGUCACUGUGGGGACGAUGUCAUGGAUGCACUUAUUGAUGAAGCCAGUGACUGAUGUGGUGUACUCCUCAAUGCCAUCGGAAGAAUCCCGGAACAUAUUCCAGUCUGUGCUAGCAAAACAGUCCAGUAGCUUAGCAUCUGCUUCAUCUGACUACUUUUUUAUUAACCGAGUCACUGGCGCUUCCUGCUUUAGUUUUUGCUUAUAAGCAGGAAUCAGGAGGAUAGAAUUGUGGUCAGAUUUGCCAAGUGGAGGGCGAGGGAGAGCUUUGUACACUUCUCUGUGUGUGGAGUAAAGGUGGUCUAGAGUUUUUUUUUUUUUUCCUCUGGUUGCACAUUUAACAUGCUGGUAGAAAUUAGGUAGAACAUAUUUAAGUUUCCCUGCAUUAAAGUCCCCGGCCACUAGGAGCGGUCUUAUUGCCAGCAUCGGUUUGUGGUGGUAUAUAGACAGUUACUAAGAAUAUAGAUGAAAUCUCUCUUGGUAGAUAGUGUGGUCUACAGCUUAUCACAUGAAACCUGUAGGGCUGCAUGUAUAAUCCAGCUCCAGAGAUGGGCUGGGGUUUACAAGGCUGUAAGCCCCCCACAGACACACACACUUACUGGUCCAGUCUGAUGCUCUGUCUCUCUGGGCCAGGGCCUUGAUUCUGUUUGUGUCUGCGUCUGCAGGGAGAACGAGGUCCUCAAGGUCCAGCUGAAGAAAUACGUGGGGGCUGUUCAGAUGCUGAAGAGAGAGGGGGGCCAGGGCGAUGACACCGGUAAGACACCACACACACACGCGCAAUACUCCAUCUCUAAACAGGGCAGGAAAAAUAUAUUUUCCUAUGCAUGACAAGGUCAGUGUUGAGCCACCACUCAAGGAUGUAGUAAGUGAAUAAUAAGCCUGGUUUGAGACGCACCUUUGUGAAACAUAAUUAGUCCCCCCCCCCCCCCCUCUUGUUACUUAGUCAUUUCUGGGAAUGUGGAUAAAAGUGACUUUCUCUCCUGUUGCCUGGGGAUAAAUCCACACUGUACAAAGAGUACAGAUAUAAGACUGUUAUAUGAAAGGCAAACUAAAUGGACAUGGCAAUUUAUGUAGGGAGACAGAAUGCCUAAAGACAUUUUGGGGGGAGAGACGGUGGUUAUCAGUACUGCUCUCGAUUUCUGUGGACACUGGUAUCUCCCUCCUACAGGUUUUGACUAGAUGGGAUACAGCUUUUGUCAGAUUUGACUUUUCGUAGCAAGUUAGGAGAACUUGCACAGCAGGUUAGGAUAAUUUAAAUAGCAGGUUAGGAUAAUUAGUUUACAUUAGGGAAAGAGUUAGGAUUAGCUAAAAUGCAAAAUAUUUCAACUUUUGACGUUCAUUUGACAAGCUGUAUCCCUUCUAGCCAUGACCCUCCUAGAGAGACAGGUAUUCUCCUCAGGCACUGUGUGGGACACCUGUAAGGCACAGAGAUGCCUAGGAUAUCAGGAUCAUUGCUUUUGUGUAAGUGUCAAAUAUACAAGGCCAGGAUUGGCAGUCUGUCAAUCUAAUUGACAGACCUCCUGCGUGGGGGUAAUACUUUUUAUACUAGUUUGUUUUUAGUUGAAAGGGGUUAGUUUGUUUUUUUUCUCUGACUUGGCUUCUGACACUACUUAAGGGGAAACAUGCACACAAUAGUUAGAAAAACAUCUUAUCUCUCAGGUCUCAGCAAUUACUGUAGUAGUCAGACUCGUCAAAUCUCCAACAUGGAUGUUUAUGUCUAUGGUGACACGUAGAACAAUGCUCUGGGACACUGACAACGUGGAAUAAUGAAUGUAUUUCCGGAAGGCUGUAGAAUCCUGACAGAGGAUCCACACUAAUCAAGGGCCUCGGCAUAGCUGCCGCCUGGUGAAUUACCCACAUUCCUCCUCAGCCUUUCAUGGUCUCAGUGCGGUCAGGCCCCACAGUGUACAUAGUGACGCUCUUGAUGUAAAUAUUCCAAUUAGGCUUUUCCCUUGUUCUCUUUCACCUAUUCUUGUCUGUCUGUCUCUGUCUCUGUGUGUGUGGCUGGCUGGCUGUCAAUAAAGUGUAGAAGACAGGCAUACUAAAUCCCUUUUACAUCAGUCUAAAUGAUUUCCUUCUGUCACGAUUGCUAAUGAUGUGUCAUACUCCAUCAGGCUUUGGUGUUGAGUUACAGCUGAAAGAGAUGAGAGGGGAAACACUGAAUUGAUACACAAGCGCUACAAUGCAUGCUUUGUUUCCUCAUGUCCUGUCAACGCUGUUCGCCUGAUCAUCGCGCAGCCUUUUGAAACUCCUCUAAUGAUACAGCUCAAUACAGAUGUGAUCUUCUGA